AUGGCGACGGCUCAGUUUACAUUGCCAUCUCUACCAGUGAAUCACCGAAAGCUUCCGGAAUGGAUUUUGAACCAAUCCCUGACCCCAAUUCACGACAUUAUCCGACCGUACAACAAUUACGAUGCGGUUGUUCGUAAGCUGUUUGCUCAGGACCCAUCCCACCGUCUUUUGCAGGACGCGUAUUUGAAUGUGAUCCCAUUAUACGACGAGACUGGGACGGCGGAUGUCCGCGUGCGAGCACGUCAAGUUGAAUCGGAAACGCCUCAAAUGAAAGAAAAGUAUCUUCUGCCCUUGAAAGAUAAAGACCGUCGCACCACAGGUUCUCCCGCGGUGGUUCCGAAAUUCGUGGAUUUCCUGAAAAAUUUCACAAUCUUCUCUGAAGGCGCGCUGAGUGACCUCGACUGGUCGAAUGUGGUGGUCGCUGGUAGUGCUGUGGUGACCUGCUUACUUCCCGUGCCAGAAAAAUACAAUGACUCGAAGCGCUCCCUGCGCAGUUUCUACCACGAGAAAAUCGCGCCCGCGUCGGACGUUGAUCUCUUUCUGUACGGGCUGGAUGAGCAGCAGGCCUUGGAAAAGAUCAAGCAGAUCGAGGACCGAAUCAAGAACACCAUUCUCUACGAAACUACGACAGUACGAACCAAAAAUACUAUCACAAUCGUCUCGCAGCAUCCGACCCGCCAUGUUCAGAUUGUCCUACGCAUCUAUAAGUCGGUGGCCGAAAUUCUGACUGGAUUUGACGUGGACUGCUCCUGCGCCGCCUUUGACGGAAAACAGGUCUACGUCUCGCCCCGUGCCCUGGCGUCGUACAUCACGCAAGUCAACACAAUUGAUUUGACAAGACGCUCUCCAUCCUAUGAGAACCGCCUCUCGAAGUAUUCGCAUCGAGGAUUUGAGAUUUUCUGGCCCGAACUAGAUAGGUCGCGAAUUGACCCGACUAUCUUCGAACGGAGCUUCACGAGAGUAGUUGGCUUGGCACGGCUGCUGGUCCUCGAGCGGCUCCCGAAGCAAUCCGACCGCGACUCUUAUAUUGAACAAAGACGAGAAGAACGUGGCCGACCGGCACCUAGGAGCAACACAAAUCGGAGAGGAACGAAGCGUGGCGAUCUGAAGAGCGAUUGGAACGAUGAGGUUGCAGAAUGGGAGAUUGAAGAGCAGAUCUCGUCAUAUGACACAUUCAGAAUUCCUUAUGGCCCUAGGUACACGGCGAAAAGGGUUGAGCGACUGAUCUAUGCGAAAGACCUAUUGCUCAACGCUGAAUGGAACAAGAAAAAGGAGAGACAGGUGAACCUUCAUAGGCACCCUGCUUUCUUUGGGAAUGUGGAGGAUGUGAUACAUGACUGCUGUGGUUCUUGUCCGAAGCCGGCGACAGCCGAGGACAGCGAAGUUGCGGAAAAAGAGAGCAAGAUCUAUGUCUCAGGGGACGUUUCCUUCAUCAAAGACGAUCCCGGCCGCCAAGAAAUUGGAAGCUUUAAUCCCAUCACAGAGACGGAGUGGACAGAUAUGGCCUACCUUGGCCAAACAGAGAUACUUUGCCAGGCUAUCAUUGACUGCGACUUAGAAAAGGUACAGGAAUGUGUUUCGGCGGACACAGCCAGUGUGAAUAGUCGUGAUUGCACGGGCCGGACACCAUUGCACCUGGCUUGCAUCUCUUCGACGCCCUCAAUUGUGCAAUGUCUUGUUAAACAUGGCGCAAGGCUAGUGUCUCGCCUGGCAGAUGGUCGGUCUGCUCUUCAUCUAGCCGCUGCUAGAGGCUCUGUCGAGAUGGUUCGUACUUUACUCACGAAAAGUGAGCAGAACGAAGCCAGGACCAGAACUCGCGAGGCGCUCUUGAAUGAGGAAAAUGAUCAUGUUCCUGCUGAGGAGGCGCAGUCUUUCACAACAGGCUCUUUCGUCAAGGUUGGCACAAAUCCGGACACCGAAACCGACGAUGCACUCCCAGUCGAAGAGACAGAAGAUGCACCUGAUAUCUAUGACAUAAAUGCCGCAUCUUGGGAUAGUCACACAACUGCGCUUCACCUGGCUAUACUCAACGGUCAUGCCGAGGUAGUCCAAGAGCUUGUGUCAUCUUUUGGAGCAGAUGUGCUAUUGCCAGUCAAGCUGGUGAACGAAUACGACAACAGCCCAAAGGCAGCUAUUCUGACCCUGGUGCUUGCACUCAAUCUACUUCCGGCUGAGUCGGCUGCAAUGACGGAAGUCCUUUUGAAACUGGGCGCUACGCCAACACAAGCCGACAUUGACAACGCUACACCGUUGAUCUAUGCCGUCGCUUCUCGGUAUAACCAUCUGUUAGAUGUCUUUAUGAGGUACAGCGGCCCCGCCACACGCAAAGCCAUCGACUACUUCAGUUGCAGAGGUUCCUCCUGGUGCCCCUCAAUCUCUUCACCCCUCAUUACAUCGAUCUGGGCAAGAUAUCAUGGCGGUGCAACUAAGCUGUUGCAAGCGGGCGCGAAUCCAUCUAUUCAAUUCGAUCAAUUCGUGAAACCAGGUCAAGGUAUUUAUGAGCAGCUUCGAGACAGGACAAGCGAUCGCCUCAAGGAUAUCUUCCGGCACCAACUCACACAGCCGAUCAUGGCGGCCACCCAGCAGGAAAUGCCAGUGUUGGCUCUUGAGCUUCUAGAACUCGGGGCAGAUGCUAACACAUUAACGGCCCAGGCCUAUCAAGCUCAGGACGCGGGUUAUCAGCUGCAACAAAACAUGGGCGGAAUGUCUUUGCUGGAUUGUGUCCGAGAUAAGCUCAAGACACUUCGUGCAUAUUUAGCUCCCGACUCACAACAGCAAACUUCGGGGGUUUAUACCUUCAAAGACGAUUAUUUAUCAGACUUGGCUGAGGAUACGUAUCAAUGGUGGACCACGAGAAAUAUUGUAUGGGAUGCGAGAAAGCCGAGCAAGGUACAGUACAACUGGAACCGGAGGCCCAACCAUCAGGGAUUGCAAGACAAGAAUCCUGCAGAGAAAGAGUCGGCUGUACAAGCUCUUAUCUCCGAUUUUGAAAGUUUGGAAGCUGCGCUCGUCAGCAGAGGAGGCAAGCCUCUCCGCGAAGUUUGUCCGGAACUUCUUGAUCGCGAAGAGCAGUUUGAGACGGAAUCUCCUAAGCCCAAGCCGUUCGAACCCGAGAUCACAUUCCCCAAUGUGCGCGAUAUGACUGCCAAGAAGCAGGAAGCCUAUGUUGAGCUAUUCCAAGCAGCGUGGACUGGUGACCUUGAUACCGUCAAACGUCUUACCUUGACGGUCGAAAACACGGAACAGGAUCAUUUACCAUUGCAGAUUGCUGUGCGCGAUCAGCAUUACUUCUCUCCCUUCUCCAUCGCUGCGCUUCGUGGCCACUAUCAGCUGGCCAAGAUUGUCCUCAAAAUCGCGCAAGCCCAGUUCAAGCCACAAGACUCCGAAGACCAUGAAGAAUACGAGUUGGACAUGGAAAGUGAUGCGGGUGACAGCAACGAUCUCGGGAUCCGCGAAAAGGUUGUUACCAACAAAUUCACGGUGGAGGACAUAGGCGAGGCGGCUGCGCAAGUCGAGAGUGACGUAUCUGCUUACAACAUGUUUGAUGCGCUCACGAUGGGGCACAGGCUCUCUAAGGACACAUCUGACUGUCCGAAUGGUCUGAUUGAGUACGCAAUCUGGGUCAAUGAUGUGGCGUUGCUCCGAUUCCUCCUGAAGCUUGGUCAGGAACUUGUUGAAGCCGGAAUCUCAGCAGACAAGGGCGUGUUCAAAGUAUCCAGCAAUGCCACACGCUUGGCCAUAGGCAAGGGGCACCUGGACUGCCUUGAAGAGCUUAUUCGACACACGGGCGCCAAUCUGCCUAUUGAAACCAUGCUUCGGUCGUGUGGAAUUAGCAAUACGGAGAAAUCAAAGUACUACCAAGGAUUGUCGAUUCAUGGCAAAAAGCGAGCUGAUUGGGCGGCAGCUGGCAGAGACAUGGGUGUAAGGCAAGAAAAAGAGAACCAUCCACUUCUUCUAGCCGCGGUGCAAGGAAGCUUGAAAAGUGUCGAAUGGUAUUUGAGCUCGGCGCCAGAAAGGCUGUAUAUCGAAUUUAUUCAGGAACACCAGCACGAACCAAAGUUGAAGUUGUUGGCUCAACAGGGUGAAAAGACAACAGCUGCUCUGAGGAAGUGGCUCUCGGCGAAGAGUCAAUUUGUGCUACACUGCGCAGUACUAUCGAAGUCGUCGGAGGAUGCAGCCAGAUUAGUCAAAUACUUAACUCAGCGUGCUCCUGGAUGUCUGGAAAGCAGAUCUUCAGAUGGCCAUACCCCAUUGGCACUGGCAUUUUCCCUUCAUCGGGUUGAAUUCGCCCGGAUUCUCAUCGACGCUGGGGCAGAUCAGAGCACCCGCGACAACAAAGGCAACAACCUCAUCCAUCUAGCGCUCUGUGGCUUAGGCAACAGCCCGCAAUUGACUCAGCACAGCCUUCAACAGCUUCUGAGCAUGCUCGAUCCACGGCUGGUCUCAUCCUUGCUAACAGAACGCUCCUCUGACCACCCUGGGUCUCUCACACCUUUUGCACGCUGGCUUCAUUCUUCGGGAAGGUCCUGGGGUUUGUGGAGGAACAACGACGAUAAACAAUCCGACCUGGAGAAUACCGCACGUUUCAUUCUAGACUAUGCAAGCCCCAUUAACCAGAAAUUUCUGGAAAUGCUCGAUGGAACAGGAAACACUCCCCUCCACGAAGCAGUUCGAUUUGGGCUUCCAGACUUAUUCAAGAUGAUGGUCGAAUAUCGACCCGAUUUGCUGUUCCGCGAAAAUGCAGUGGGCAGCACCCCCUUCGAGCUCGCAGUCGACACCUGGGUGACUCAUGUGACCUCGCAAUGCCCUCCAGUGGACCAGGGAGACAUGGAUCGAGCCGCAUACAAGGACCCCGAGGCGCAACGCGUGCUUGACCGUUCCCCGGAGUCGUUCAUUCCGGGCCAUCGCGCGCCAAAGCAUCCGAAGAGAUCCCUUUACGAGAUUGCCCAGGAGACAGCUGCAAGCCACCCUUCCAAAAGACGCUUGGUGAGUCUGAAUGAGGCCUUGGAGGUGACUAGAAGACUGGCUUUGCGGAGCGAGAUGAAGCGGGCUGAAGAUGUCAGCGAUAACGGUGGUGACGAUGCAGUGGACGAAGUCAAAGAUUGGUACAAGCGUGGAGGCCCGAACAACUGUGGCGCAUUCUCUGACGACUACUCCGAGACGGAGUGGUAAUUUCAGGGAUGGGCUUGGCUGCAUAGCGAGGUUGAAGUAGAAAUAUUCUUUUUAAAUGCAUUCGUCACUUUCAGCUUUGCGACAACACUGGCACAGGCAAUGAGAACUUGUUGAGGACUCUCAUAGCUCUUGGAACAUAAGAAAACCGAAUAUGGAUGUAGCCUUUAUACGCUCUUUACCCUGAGAAGGUUGGGUUGCCAGACAGAGUAAGUUCCUCGACCGGUAUAGCGCUGCUUUUUGCUGUGCGGAUCUAAAUGCAAGGCGGUAGUUGUAUCAAACUCGCAGUAGCUUAUGAUAGACAUAGCAAAUCCUGACCCUCUAAAGAGUU